AUCGGGCAGCUUCCGGCCCGCCUGCAGCCGCCGCCGCCGCCGCCGCCACCGCCGCUGUCGUCGCAGGCGGCGCCGCUGGGACACGCGCACGCCGCGGACUGCCCUCUGCACGGCUAUCCGGCCAUCUUCCAGUCGCUCGGCCCGGCCUCUGUCGGACCGGGCAGCAGGGCACUGCUGCUGGCGGCCGCAGGGCCCGGCGGCGUCGACUCGCUGCUCGCUCGGCCGCUGGUGUCGGAGCUCGCUGGUGGCCAUUUGGCCAAUCCGAUCGGUCAUACUGGCACUAUCGAUCCGGCCGGUGUGGCGAAUCCGACCAAUCCGGACGUCGCGAGACUUGUGACGCCGACUGGCGGUCAGUUCGCCCGCCUCAGCGGCAACACUUUCACGCUGACCGCGGCCCCGGGGCUGCCGAGUGCCGCGGGUCUGCUGGCCAGCCUGAGCAGCCACAGCAGCAGCACCAGCGCCAGCAGCGGUGGCGAGCAGAAUCGCAGUCUGUCCGUCGCUAGCCCGACGAUGCCGCCCGGCCUCACCUCGGUCCGCCUGGAGCCACCCACCUCCGGCGUAUACCAGCCCUGUCCGUUGCACGGCAACCUGAUGGCCUCUUUUGCUCCUAUCGUCUCGGCCGGGCCCGGAACCAGCAGUCCGCCGGAGCCCGGCCGACCGGCCUGGUCGGCGCGCGGCGUCAAAGUGAUCCUGCCACCGCCCAGUCUGACGACUGGGCCCACUCUUCCUGACGAACUGUCCGAACCCGGCCUGUUGCCCCGGCAACCCAUCCUCGGGCCCGGCCAACUCAGCGCCACCGUGAGCCGUCGCAGUCGGGCCAACCUGCGUCUCGGCGGCCUCGUCCCCAUGCCAACGCUGGUGGGUGGCCUGCGCGCCUCCGCGGUGACAAUGUCUCGAGCCGAGGCCCGGCGUCUACAGGUCUCGGCCCUCAUGGCAGAUCCGCUGCCGUCGUCCACCUCCACGCCUCUUCUUCUCGUCCAAUCAUCGAGUCCCACGAGCACCGGUGCCAGCACGACUCCGCCACAUUCAAUUGGUCAGACCAGUCUGGCCUGGCGGAAGGACAGAGGCUCAACGGCGCUCGACCGAUCCACGUCAGUUCGUCCCGGCGAGGCUGACGAGGCCGGUGAGGCCGACGAGGCCGCAGACAGCGCCGACGCUGGAGGCAUGCAGACAGCAGCCGCCAGACAGACCGGCCAAAGUGAAGCCGAUUCGACUAGUCGAAAGGAUGCGGCAACGCUGGCGGCCGGUCAACGCACCACGAGCAUGCCGAGGCCACGCUCCGGAAAGAAGCCCGAGGACGAGGGCUACAGCACAGCGGUCUGA